AUGGAUGGAUUCAAAGCCAAAGUUGUUGUUGCUGCAAAUUCCUUUAAAAAUAUGAGCCGAAAAUUUUCCCCCAUUAAGGAUGUCAACGAUUCAAAAGAAACAUGGAGAUUGGCCGUUCGAGUUGUUGAUAUUUGGAGUGUUAUCAACAGCAAGGGUAAGGAGCAUCUGGAGAUGGUUAUAAUGGACGUAUCGGGUGAUAGGAUACAAGUUUUGAUUCGUUCUAACCACACACCAAAAUGGAAAGCACGAAUACGCGAAAACAUGUCUUGCAUAAUCAACAAUGGAACUGUUUAUGAUAACGAUUUUCAGUGGAAGCUCUGUGAUCAUGACAAGAAGUUUGUGUUUAUUGGUGGUACAACUGUGAAGGAAGUUGAUAUUCAGAACCUUCCUCCCAAAAGAUUUUUUUCAAAGACUUUACUGAUAUUCUUGGAGGCAAUUGAAAUCAACAAUUUUCAAUAUAACAAUUAUGGAAAAAUGUCAUUUGUUUCAUUGAGUCUUAAAGACGUGAAAGGUGUCAUAGUUAACUGCACAUUAUGGGAGAGCUACGGAACAAAAUUUUUGGACUUCUACCACGAUGAAAAAAACAGUGGUGCUAUUGUAAUAAUACUAACUCAUGCAAUGAUAAAGGAAUCACAAGUUUCAAAUGGAUGGAGUGGAUCUAAAUUGCUUAUUAACGAAGACAUCCCAGAGAUAACUGAGUAUUUAUCAAAGUUAACUGCAAAUGAGCAGACUGAAAAGCCUUCGCAGUCCUCAAAGGGAAUGUCUCUUUGGUCUGGUGCCUCUCAAUUCACCCCAGUUGAAAGUUUCGUUCAUAAGGCCAAGUGUAUAUCUCUGAGUGACCUUUGCAAGGUGAAACAGGACAUGUUAUGCGUUACUGUUGGAACAACUCAAAGGUUUUUUGUCUCAAAACACGGUUGGUUUUAUUAUGGAUGUACUAAAUGUUCUUUAAAGGCAUCUGAUGUGAACAAUCCAUACAAAUGUUCAUGUGGACAGAAUGUAGAACAUGCCAUACCAAGGUAUCGAGUUGACAUAUAUGUAGUUGAUGGUGAAUCAAAAUUCCGCUUUGUGUUUUGGGACACUGACUGUGCUGACAUUAUUGGAAAGUCUACUGAUAGUAUUUAUAAAGCAAUGCUUGAGGAAGGUGACGACGAUCCAAUGAUAUAUCUAGAUGAACUUGACAUGCUUCUUGGUAAAAAAAUGGCGUUUAGGGCUAAAGUUCAGCUAACAUUUGGCCAAGCAUCUGUUUGGAAGCUUUCUUAUGAUGAAGAAUUUGUAAAGGAAAUUGAGAAAGAUUAUAUUACUGAUGAAGAGUCGUUGUCUGCAUACGGAGAAAAUGAUCCUGAUAAAGUUGUGACCAAUACUCCAUCUAAAGGAAGUCCCGUUAAUCUUGAUGCUGUAGAUUCCGAAUUUCAAGCGUAUGGUACUACUCAACUUUCAGGAACAAAGCCUGCAAAGAAAGUUAAGAUUGAAUCUGAUGCCUGA